AUGCAGCACGAAGAGAUUGGCUCGGAUGCCAAAGCUGGUCCCAGCAGCUAUCACGCUGGCCCGGCCAUCCAACCGCCGCCAGGCAUGUCCAAGAAUGCCGCCAAGAAGCUCGCACGCAAACAAAAACUAGAUGCUACCAAGCACGAACGUCGCGCAGCCGAGCGCCUCAAGAAGAAAGAAAACAGGAGAGUGCGCCAUCUGGCCGCACAGCAGGAUGCGGAGCUCAACGACUUGGAUCGCGCCACAGACGCAUCACAACCAGCGGCCAAGCGCUCCCGACUCGAGCAUGCUCCUUCACAAGCAGCGACCAAGCAGUUCUUCGACGCUCGACUCGUCAUCGACUGCGGCUUCGACGAGCUCAUGGUGGAAAAAGAGGCUUCUAGCAUGACGCAACAGCUCAUGUAUCUCUACUCUGCAAACAGGAACGCAAAAAUGCCCUUUGGCGAGAUCAUCCUCACCGGCCAAGACGCGCCCCGGGACUGCCUGCGAGACGUACAUCCAGACCAGCUCUCACUCGUCCCCGAUGCAGCUUCAACCUCGCAGCCAGAAACCCAAGCCGAAACCUCUUUUGCCAGCUCGGCGAGUAUCGAAAACAACAGCAUCGGUCGCGCGAUGGACGGCAAGCUUCGAGGGGUCUGGAGGCGCUGGAAGCGCGUCACAAUCUACAAACACGGCGGAAUCGAGUCUCUGCUGUCUCAACAGCUGCAUGGCGAUCCUCAAACUCCCUCACUCGACGCGGCGGACGAAUCGGACCACGUCAAGAAGGACGCUAGUGGUAGACAUCCGGCUUCAGAGGAAAUCCGCCAGACUCGGCAUCGCGUCCGACGUUCCGAUGCCAUCUACCUCACCGCCGACACAGAAGACACGCUGACCGAACUCGAACCAGGCAAGACGUACAUCAUCGGCGGCAUCGUGGACAAGAACAGAUACAAGGGCCUCUGCCGCGCCAAGGCAGACCGCCUCGGCAUCCGCGCUGCAAAACUACCGCUUUCGCAAGACAUGAUGCGCGCCGUCGAGCGCAAUCUCAGCGCGCGCGGUGAAACGCUCGAGGAUGAAGUCGGCACUGCCGGAAAGGCCGAGCAGAGCUUUGUCGGUCGAAAAGUGCUCACGGUCAACCAGGUCGUCGAGAUCCUCGCCGCCUGGACAGGAACGCGCGACUGGGUCCAGGCGCUCGAAAUCGCGCUUCCACGCCGCAAACUCAAGCAACGAGGCCCCGCUGCACAAUCCACAACAUCCGCAGCUUAG